GAGUGAUUGUAAUCUGGAAGGAUGAGGAGUACUAUUGUUUUACGAUUGGGAAGACGUGCGCGUAUUCCAUUCCAACGAGCAUUAGCAACGCAGAGUAACAAUAAUAACACUCUGGUGUUUAUCCCUCUCCCUCGCUGCCUCAGCGCAACGCGGUCGUUUCACUUUCAGCGCAAUUCACCGUUUGGAUUCUCCAGCGGGCAUGGGCAACGCAGGAGCAUGUUCAUCCAAACGCAGCCCACGCCAAAUCCCUCGUCUCUCAUGUUUUAUCCCGGCAAGCCCGUCAUGGAAGUUGGAAGCUCCGACUUCCCAAACCCUCGUUCUGCAAUGAACUCUCCCCUCGCCAAAUCGCUCUUCGCAAUCGACGGCGUUACUCGCGUUUUCUUUGGAUCUGAUUUCGUUACCGUUACGAAAUCGGAAGAGGCUGCGUGGGAAUUCCUCAAGCCUGAAGUCUUCGCCGCCAUUAUGGAUUUCUACUCCUCCGCUCAGCCUCUCUUUUUAGAUUCUCAAGCCGCCGCGGCCAUGGAUACAGCUAUUCACCAAGAUGAUUCUGAAACAGUUGCAAUGAUCAAGGAAUUGUUAGAGACUCGAAUUCGACCUGCAGUGCAAGAUGAUGGCGGGGACAUUGAAUAUAGAGGUUUUGACCUAGAUACUGGAAUAGUAAAACUUAGAAUGCAAGGGGCAUGCAGUGGCUGCCCAAGUUCAUCAGUGACUCUGAAAUCAGGCAUUGAAAAUAUGCUGAUGCAUUAUGUUCCUGAGGUCAAAGGUGUGGAACAAGAAUUGGAUGCUGAGGAUGAUGGAGCAGCAUUAAGUGGAGAAAUUAAAUAGUUGAACUUUUUUUUGUUUUUUCUCAAAAUUGCUACUUGCAUUUAGUCUCUUCAUGCAUGCAUUUUCGCACUCAACAGAGACUUAGAAGUACAACAGCAGUACAUGAUGGAAACAAAAAAAGGUGUGAGUCUACACAAAAAAUAUAUUGAAUAAGUCGUGAGUUGGAUACAUUAUAGUAUGGCAUGAAAUCAUCGUUCCAUGCUAGUUGGAUCUUCCUGACAUAGAUGAAAGUAAUUUAUGACACGAUGCCAUUACAGAGAUAGGGUGUACUGUACCUUAUUCUUUUCGGCCUGCUUGGCUAUGAUUCUUGUUUUUUUCGUUGUAGUUGGGUUUUUACAAGAGUACUAGGCAUUGUUUGCCUGUUGCCUCUGUCUCAGACACGCCUUUAUUUAUAUCGUCAUGUGGUUAUAACUUGCGAUUUCCUCCUUUUAGGGUUCAAAUAGAUGGAUUUGCAUAUCAAGGAGAACAGAAAAAAGGCAUGCAUGGAUCGUUGUUCUUUUAUCGCCUGUUAUUGGAUUGGUCUCCGUAUAGCUCUACACAUGGUUUUAUUAAUUGCAUGACAGCCAACAGUGGCCAAUCAUGUAUAAGGCGUCACUUGUCUCUAGUUAAAAACUCGACUACUUCCCUCAUUAUUAAUGUUACUUUCAUCCCA